UGCUUUCAGGGCUGAGCUGCCACCAAGGCUGCACCGUCCGCCCUGACAACCCACUUGCAGAAUGGACCAGGAAACCCUGGGAAGCAUUGUCCUGCUUGCCAUUGUCACCUUGAUAAGUGUUGUCCAGAACGCUUUUUUUGCUAGCAAACUGGAGCAUGAAAGCAAGCACUGCAAUGGCAAAGGGUUCCAGCGGCCAGGUUCCUCCGCCUUCGACCGCGUCUACACCGCCAACCAGAACUGUGGACAUGCAUACCCGACGUUUCUUGCUGUGCUUUGGUGUGCUGGCCUUCUCUGCAGCCAAGCUCCCGCUGCCUUUGCCGGCCUGAUGUACCUGUUUGUGAGGCAGAAGUACUUUGUGGGUUACCUCGGGGAAAGGACUCAGAGCACUCCCGGUUACUUGUUUGGAAAGCGCAUCAUUUUGUUCCUGUUCCUCAUGUCCCUGGCUGGCAUACUCAACUACUAUCUCAUCUUCUUCUUCGGGAGUGACUUUGAAAUACACAUAAAGACGAUAACUAGCGCGAUCUCUCCGCUGCUGCUCAUCCCCUAGUUCCCCUCAGCACUGAGGGGGUCACUGUGUUUAAUAGAUCAAUACCCAGAAGCAGCCAUAAUUCAACUGUUUAAGAAAUGAACCCGUAACCCUUUUAGAUUGCUGUAAAUCUCAUGCUUGAUGGGCUUUGUAGUUUGAUUUAACCUUGCAUUUUCCUUCAGGAAAAAGAUUUACUGUGCACACUCAACA